AGCCGCGUUUCUGCGCAGCUUUCGAGGUGUGCCACAUUUUGCUUUCUGACCAAGCUGCGUCCGUUGGGCUAGUCGCUUUCUCCCUUCACUUUUUUCGUGUGUCUCUGCGUGUGCACGUAUGCGUGGAGUUUCAAUCGAUCCGGUUCUCUAGACUCUGGAAGUGUAGAAGCAGCACCGUACCACACCGCUUGCGUAUUUAUCUUGACUAGUGAUACUGCCCUAACCGCAAGGAAGAGAAUGCAGAAGAAUGGAACAGCUGUGUGUCGGCCGAUGCUGUCGGAGAAACGGCGUGAGUCCCUCAGCUCCAUGUACACGCUCGUGGGAUCGCACAGCGCCGUCAAGCUGUGCAGGUGGCAGAAGUCGAUGAUGCGAGGUCGGGGCGGGUGCUACAAGUGGACCAUGUACGGCAUCCAGUCCCACCGCUGCAUGGAGGCGACGCCCAGUAUGGCGUGCGCCAACAACUGUGUCUUUUGCUGGCGGCUGAACUCCAACCCCACCGCGGCGGAAUGGAAAUGGAUGGUGGACGACCCGAAGGAUAUUGUGGACGGCAUGAUCAAGAGUCACCAAGCCCUCGUUAACGGUGUUCGCGGCAUGCCAGGGGUGACGGAGGAAGGGCUGGAGGAGGCAAUGAACCCGCGCCACUGCGCCCUUUCCCUGGUGGGAGAGCCGAUCAUGUACCCAUACGUGAACGAGUUUCUUCGCCUGCUGCACGCCCGAUCUAUGUCAUCGUUUCUCGUGAACAACGGGCAGUUUCCGGAGGCCAUUCGCGGUCUGGGAGCCGUGACGCAGCUGUACCUGAGUGUAGACGCCCCCAACCGCGAGACGAUGAAGAUACUUGAUCGACCCGUUCUACCAGACUACUGGGAACGCUUUAACGAGAGCGUGAGUUGCAUGCGGGAGAAGAAGCACCGCACUGUUUUCCGGCUCACCAUGAUUGACGGCUUCAACAUGGAACCAGAGAACCUGAGCGAAUACAAGGAGCUCUUCGAGCGAGGACAACCGCACUUCAUCGAGAUCAAGCGGCUCACCCCUGCCUUUUCCGGCAACCACAACACCAUCCUCCGCAUCCAAAAUGUGCCGUCGUGGGAGAAGAUGAAAUCGUUUGCCUCGCAGCUGUGCCGCGUUCGUUGGCGACGGCACGCAGUACCUCGUCGCGAGUGUCCACGAGCACUCGGGCUGCAUCCUCCUUGCCCAUCAGCGGUUUGCCCCGAAUGGGAUAGUGCACUCGUGGAUCGACUUCGGUAA